AAGUCUUUCUCUAAAGUAAAGUUCUUGGAAAUUGACUUAAUUUCUGUCACAAGAUUCACUUUAUGAAUACAAUAAUUUCUGGUUAGUUGCACCAAACGCUCACUUUGUCAAUACAAUAAUGCAAAGAUGGGAAGAAAGCUCUUUAAAAAGAAAAUAGCGCGAAGAAAUCAGCUGCAGCAACCACGACAGCUUAAGGUGCACUAGUUUCUCUAACUUUUUUCGUCUGAGGAGCUCUGCUGCUAAUCUACAUAUAUAUUUUCUGGUUUCUUGGUUUAAUUCUUGAAGAUGACAGAGGAGAGAGAUUGUGUUACUGUUAGGAUUGAAAACUUGCUUGAUCAUUUGUCUACUUCAUUCACUCCCUCAAAGCCUAUCAUAGCUAAAGUGGAUCAACACCUAAGGCAAGUAAACGAAAAGGAUUUUGAACCCGAAAUAGUUUCUAUAGGUCCAAUUCAUCGUGGGAAAGAUCGCGUUAAGGGCAUGGAGCAACACAAACUGAGGUAUCUAAGAAAAGUAGUAGGAAGAAGAGAUGAGUUGAGCAUUGAGAAAUGUGUGUUGGAAGUGAGGAGCAUGGAGGAGAAGGCUCGCCUUUACUACCCGAAAUCAAUCAGUCUUGAUCAAGAUGAGUUUGUGGAGAUGUUGCUUCUUGAUGGAUGCUUUGUGAUUGAGCUGCUGAGAAGCUACUGGUUUAGUGAUUUGAGAGACAAGAAUGAUCAAAUAUUUCAAUUUGAUCAUAUGUUGGUUCAAAUAAGACAUGAUCUCCUGUUGUUAGAGAACCAGCUCCCUUUCUUCGUGUUGAAUGAGCUUUUCGACAUGACAAAGAUGGAAGAUCCAGACGAUAACAUACACGAUCUCCUCCUCUUCCUAGCCGGAGACGUGCUCCCAUGGCCGGAUUCCUCAAAGCUCGACUCAAGUUCAGAUAUGUUACACAAUGCAGAGCAUCUAUUAGGCCUAGUGUAUGAUUCUUGCUUCUCAUUCUCAUUCUCAGCCAAGCACUUCACUGAAAACAACGGUAGCAACACGGUGCACCACACAUACUCUGCCUCGGAGAUGGAGGAGGGCGGGAUUAGGCUACACGGGUCGAGAGGGAUCAGUCUAAGGGAUAUCAGUUUCACCAAAGGAGUCAUAAAACUCCCACCUUUAUGCAUAUCUGAUAAAACUGAGUCUCUUUUAAGGAACUUGAUCGCGUACGAGCUCUGCUUCCCUAAUGAUCAUCCAAGGUAUGUGAAAGAUUACUUGUUUUUCAUACAUUGUUUCAUCAGAUCCACCAAAGAUGUUGAGAUACUGCGACGCAGUGGGAUCAUCAGCAACUUCCUAGGCAGUGAUGAGAUGAUCUGCAGCAUGUUCAACAGAUUGGGGAAGAAUGUUGUGGUUUCAUCAUCAGAUUUUUGCUACUCAAAUGUGUUUGAGAGUGUGAACAGAUAUGAACGGCUUCGACGUGGGAGAUGGAUGGCAAGAGUGAGGAGGAAUUACUUGAAGAUAUCAGCUGUGCUGUGCUUCUCAUACUAACCUUUUUUCACACAAUUGUUUCUUUGCUUUCUUAUAAGAAAUGUUUACUCUUAUCUGCAAUGUAAACAUGUCGUGUGUUUUGGUUUGCAAGUUGCAAGUAUAUCUUAAUAAAUAAUGAACAUUGGCUUUA